UAGACAUGUGUUGCCUGAAUGACCUCCAUCGCUGUAUAAUUCAAAUGAUUCACGUUUUUCUCCUGCAGGCAACUGUAAUUUAAGCUUAAACAUGGAUCCCAAUUUGGAAUACUGGCAUAACAACGGGAAGUCUUUCCUAAGCAGACUUCGCAUCUGGUUGAAUAUUCUUGACCCCAGCUCUAUCCUGUCCUCUGAUGUUGAAAUUGAAAACGCUCGUUCUCUGAUCAGAGGGGACGGGAAUCAGCUGAAGAAUGAAAAGGUCUCCAAUGCCUGGAACCUUUCUCUUUGCUCUGUGCAUGCUGAUACUGGAGAGCUGAUUUCCCCUGUGUUUCGUCCACAAGCUUUUUUGCCUGUGUCAGCACCUUUGGUCAUAGCAAGUUUUGUGCCACAUAAAGGAGUGACACCUGCCCUGUUUUGGCAGUUUAUACUGCAGAGCUACUGUGCAGGCUUCAAUCACGCCAACAGAAAUGCAACAGCCACGCCGCAGAACAAGCUGUCACUGAAACAGGCUCUUCUAAUUACUGGAACAGUGACAUAUUCAACAUUUGCGGGGGCCCUUCCUCAAAUUAUAAUCCAGCGCCUGGCAGUCAGCAGUAGUUCAGCUCAGGCCUUCUGUAGGUCAGUUUUGCCUGUUCCUCUGUCAGCUUGCUUGGCUGCCUUCAGCGUCUUCGUAGUGAGAAGUGAGGAAUCAGAGAAUGGAAUAAAAGUCUUUGACUCCAGUGGGAAUUCGGUUGGUGUCUCAAAGGAAGCUGCAUUCAAGGCUGUAAAGGAGACUGCCAUAUCUCGAGCAGCUCUUUUUGGUAUUACUGCAGUUGUUCCUAAUCUACUGGUCCUCCUUCUCAAGAGGACAAAGUUGGCCCAAAGGAACCCAAUGAUGCUUGCUCCUGUUCGACACAUCAGCACUGCUAUUGCCCUUGGCUUGAUGAUCCCUGUGUCCUUCAGUCUGUUUCCACAACUUGGCAAGAUUAAAAAGGAGCAUUUAGAAAAGGAGCUGCAAAGCUUAACAGAUGAUGGGGAGCUGUUUUACCACAGAGGACUCUAACGGUCACCUUAAAAACCCAACCCUCGCAUCGUAUAAAUGAUUCCUCAAAAGGUUAUUCGCCUCCAAAAGAGCUGCUAAAUGGAAACCUGUCUGAAAAAGAAACCAUGGGUAGUAGGAGUCCUCCAGAGCGACAAACAGAAGACCUAUUUAAAGUAAUAUGCAUACUCUUUACCCCAAAAGAGUAUACUUAUGCAUUUACACCCCCAACAUACACACACUUUCAGUUAUUUAAAAUGUAUUAAUUUUUUUUUUCUUUUUUAAAAGAAACUUUAUAAUUAAGACAGGACACAGUGCAACUAUAAAACUGAGUAGACGAGGGUCAAUUAAACUGCGAAAAAGCCAGUAGCAGUUAUAUCUGCUCUAGGACCGAAGCCCGCACUUUUCUCAACACUGCAGAUGAACGGUAAUCACUAAAGCAACACUGCUCGCCUCCAGCUGUACUCACAUCAUCAUACAAGUGUAUUUAAUAAAACCAUAGCAUUUGGCAAAU